AUGGACUCCACAGAGAGUUGGAUUGAACGAUGUCUCAAUGAGAGUGAAAACAAACGUUAUUCCAGUCACACCUCGCUGGGGAAUGUUUCUAAUGAUGAAAAUGAGGAAAAAGAAAAUAAUAGAGCAUCAAAACCACACUCAACUCCGGCAACUCUGCAAUGGCUGGAGGAGAACUAUGAGAUUGCAGAAGGCGUUUGCAUUCCUCGAAGUGCUCUCUACAUGCAUUACUUGGACUUCUGUGAGAAAAACGACACGCAGCCCGUUAAUGCUGCCAGCUUUGGGAAGAUAAUAAGGCAACAGUUUCCACAGCUAACAACCAGAAGACUCGGAACCAGAGGCCAAUCAAAGUAUCAUUAUUAUGGCAUUGCUGUGAAAGAAAACUCCCAGUAUUAUGAUGUGAUGUAUUCUAAAAAAGGAGCAGCCUGGGUCAACGAAACAGGAAAAAAAGAAGUAACCAAACAGACAGUGGCGUAUUCACCACGAUCCAAACUUGGAACAUUACUGCCAGAGUUUCCAAAUGUCAAAGAUCUAAAUCUGCCAGCCAGUCUGCCAGAAGAGAAGGUUUCUACCUUUAUUAUGAUGUAUAGAACGCACUGUCAGAGGAUACUAGACACUGUAAUAAGAGCAAACUUUGAUGAGGUUCAAAGUUUUCUUCUGCACUUUUGGCAAGGGAUGCCUCCUCAUAUGCUGCCUGUAUUGGGUUCCUCAACUGUAGUUAACAUAGUGGGAGUUUGUGAUUCAAUACUGUACAAAGCGAUUUCUGGAGUUUUGAUGCCGACAGUACUACAGGCGUUACCUGACAGUUUGACUCAGGUGAUCCGAAAGUUUGCAAAGCAACUGGAUGAGUGGCUGAAGGUAGCCCUCCACGACCUGCCGGAAAACCUACGAAAUAUCAAAUUUGAGCUGUCCAGAAGAUUCUCACAAAUUCUCCGGCGACAGACAUCACUAAAUCAUCUCUGCCAGGCAUCAAGAACGGUGAUCCACAGUGCAGACAUCACAUUCCAAAUGCUGGAGGACUGGAGGAACGUGGAUCUGAAUAGCAUUACCAAACAAACCCUCUAUACUAUGGAGGACUCACGGGAGGAACAUAGAAAGCUCAUCAUACAAUUGUAUCAGGAGUUUGAUCACCUUCUGGAGGAGCAGUCUCCUAUUGAGUCGUACAUCGAGUGGCUGGACUCCAUGGUGGACAGAUGUGUUGUGAAGGUAGCUGCCAAGAGACAAGGCUCUUUGAAGAAAGUAGCUCAGCAGUUCCUCUUGAUGUGGUCCUGUUUCGGCACUCGAGUGAUCCGGGACAUGACUUUGCACAGUGCACCCAGCUUUGGGUCUUUUCACCUUAUUCACUUGAUGUUUGAUGACUACGUAUUGUACCUGCUGGAGUCACUCCAUUGUCAGGAGAGAGCUAAUGAGCUGAUGAGGGCAAUGAAAGGAGAAGGAAGCACAGCAGAAAUACGAGAAGAAAUCAUUCUGAGUGAACCAGCUCCUCCAACUCCCUCCCCAGUGCCGUUCUCCCCAGCUAAAUCUGCCACCUCAGUGGAAGUGCCCGCUGCUCCCUCGCCUGUCAGCAAUCAGUCCCCAGAGUACAGUGGCUUAGCAACUACAACAGGGGCUAUGCAGUCCUACACGUGGUCACUCACCUACACCGUGACAACAGCUGCUGGGUCACCUGCAGAAAAUUCCCAACAGUUACCCUGCAUGAGAAGUCCACAUGUACCAUCGUCAUCGGUCACGCACCGGAUACCUGUUUAUCCUCACAGAGAAGAACAUGGAUACACAGGAAGUUACAACUAUGGCAGCUAUAGCAACCAGCAUCCCCACCCAAUGCAGAGUCAGUAUCCAUCUUUACCACAUGAUACUGCUAUUUCUGGACCACUUCACUACUCAGCUUAUCACAGAAGCUCUUCACAGUACCCUUUCAAUAGCCCUACAUCACGGAUGGAGCCGUGUUUGAUGAGCAGUACUCCCAGGCUGCAUCCAACACCAGUGACUCCUCGCUGGCCAGAAGUCCCAUCUGCAAACUCUUGCUACACGAGUCCAUCCAUGCACUCCACAAGAUAUGGAAAUUCUAGUGACAUGUACACCCCUCUGACUACGCGCAGAAAUUCUGAAUAUGAGCACAUGCAACACUUUCCUGGCUUUGCCUACAUCAAUGGGGAAGCCACCACAGGUUGGGCCAAAUGA